GGGUAUAAAUAUACUAAAAUGAAAAUGAAAUUUGAAAACAUCGAUUAAAGUUAACAUCGCAGUAGGCUACGUAUUUUAGAGCAACUUACACAUAUUGAAUAGAGCUAAUAAUUUCAACCAAUUUAGUCGUUAAGGACACAGAAUGCCGCCAAAUCGAUUAAAUAUUUACCGCCGACGCAGCAAGAAUCUGAUUGAGCAGUUUCAUAGGGACUUGGACUCGAAUCCAGAUGGAAUAGAACCUGCGCCGCCAUCUAAAAAUCUGAUUAAUAUCAUUCAGAAGGCGGGCGAUGCCAGUAGGCCGGUGCAGCAAUUGUCCGCCGUUCAGGACAUCCGCCAGUUGCUCUCCUCCAAGAGUCCGCCCAUCAAGGACCUGAUCCAAGGCGGCAUUCUGCCCAUCCUGGUGGAGUGCCUCAAGAAAACUAGCCCCAAGAGUCAGCAAUUCGAGGCAGCCUGGGCCUUGACCAACAUAGCCUCUGGAAACUCAGAACAAACCACUCAGGUAGUAGCUGCUGGCGCCGUUCCACUUUUUCUGGAACUCCUCAAAUCUCCAGAUUUGGAUCUCUGCGAACAGGCCAUUUGGGCUUUGGCCAACAUUAUAGGCGAUGGUCCUUUGCUGCGGGACUUUGUCAUCAGACUGGGCGUGGUUCCGCCCCUGCUCUCCCUCAUCCAACCGGAUAUGCCCGGCCAAUUCCUGGCCAAUGUAACAAUGGCCAUUGGGAAUCUAUGCCGGCACCACGAUCCACCGAUAUCGGCCGAAACAAUUGGUCAGAUCCUGCCGACACUCGAUGUACUGAUUCAUCACGAGGACACGGAAAUACUGGUGUCCACUUUGUGGGCAAUCAGCUUUUUGGCCGGCGGCGGUCAGGAUCAGAUCCAAAUGGUGAUUGAGAGUGGAGUGCUGGGCAAGUUGAUAUCCCUGAUGGGACACAAGGACAUCGAAGUGGGAAGGGCAGCAAUGCGAGCCGUGGGUAAUAUCCUGACCGGAACGGAUGAGCAGUGCCAGAAAGUUCUUAACCACCAUCCACUCUCGUACUUCCCGUCCGUGGUCCUCUUUUCCAAUACGGAUGAGGUGCACUUCCUCUGGAGAGCCACUGCACGGAAUGAGCACUGGGUGCAGGCCUUCAUAAACGGGGGAAUGUUGCACAAAAUCAUUGGGAUUUUGAAGAAGGGAGGAAUGCACGAGAAAGCAGUGGCUGCCAGGGCCAUAAGUAAUCUCACAGUCGGUUGCAAUGAGGAGCAGUUGCUGAUUUUCAUUAGAAAGGACGUCCUUCAGCCGUUCUGUGAUCUCCUCAUCGGCCAGUUUGAACAGAUCACCCUCGCUGUGUUGAAUGGCCUGAACAAUAUGCUCAAUGUAUCCAAUUCCCAUGAGGAAGAGGUGGCCCAAGCCAUAGAUGAAUGUGGCGGUCUGGCCAAAAUCGAGGAUCUGCAGACCCACGAAAACGUGUAUAUCUACAAACAGGCUCAGGAAAUUAUCGAACGAUAUUAUGGCUAUGAAAAUAGCGCAGCUUAAAUUGUUAACGGCAUUAUUUAAUUUUUUAUUUACCUUUCUACUUGAGACCUUUUGAAUAAAAAUGCCAGUCAAUACCA